UGCGGUUAUAGGAAAAAUGCCCUCAUGUCCUCUCUCUAGUUUCUCUCUAAUUUGAGCUAACGCAUGUGAACACUGAACGGUUUUCUGUACUUGAGUAUUUGCAAUCAAAUAUAUUUUUAAGUUUUGGAAGUUCAUCUUAAGAACUAGUUCGAUAGCGGAUUCUUUGUCGUAGAUACUGAUCGAGUAGUCAACGGACAUGGCUUCGACUAAGGUCGACUGGGGGCAGUGCGCCGAUGAACAGGAUAAAUUGGCGUCGAAGGUAAAACGGGAUUGUUGCGGAUGCGCUACAACGGUGUGACGAGUUUAAACUUGGAUAAACCAAACUCGACGUCUAUCUCUGUUCCAACUGUGAAAGAUGGAGAUUCCAAGAGUGAUGAUGAUACGUCAGAAGAACAGAUCUCGCCAGCAGAGAAGUCGCUCCUGCAAAAGAUCAUAAGAAAAGGAUUAGUGGAGACAACGAAGGAUAUAGAGAUUCAAAGACAAGAUCCAAAUUCUCCGUUAUACAGUGUCAAAACCUUUGAUGCACUUCAUCUCAAACCUGCCUUGUUAAAAGGGGUUUAUGCUUUGGGAUUCAAUGCACCCUCUAGAAUUCAAGAAACUGCUUUACCUACUUUACUCGCUGAUCCACCACAAAAUAUGAUCGCACAAUCUCAAUCUGGUACGGGUAAGACAGCUGCGUUUGUACUUGCCAUGUUGAGUCGGGUAGAUGUUACGAAGGAGUAUCCACAGGUACUUUGUUUGUCGCCGACUUAUGAACUAGCGAUCCAAACCGGCGAAGUAGCGGCAAAGAUGUCGCGCUUCUGUCCUGAGAUAAAAAUAAAGUACGCUGUAAGAGGAGAAGAAAUAAGCCGCGGUUCAAAGAUUAGUGAACAUAUUAUUAUAGGAACUCCAGGUAAAGUGUUGGAUUGGGGACAAAAAUUCAAGUUCUUCGAUUUAAGCAAAAUAUCUGUAUUUGUAUUGGACGAAGCUGAUGUUAUGAUUGCUACGCAAGGCCAUCAAGAUCAGUGUAUUCGUAUUCACAAAUUACUGCCACGUACGUGUCAAAUGAUGUUCUUCUCUGCGACGUACGAGCCGGAAGUAAUGAACUUUGCGGAGAUUAUAGUCAGUAAUCCGCUAAUAAUACGGCUAUUAAGGGAAGAAGAAAGUUUAGAUAAUAUCAAGCAAUACUAUAUUAGAUGCAAAAAUGUAGAUGAAAAAUAUACAGCUAUCACUAAUAUUUAUGGCGUGAUUACUAUUGGACAAGCGAUUAUUUUCUGUCAUACGAAGAAAACAGCUAGUUGGUUGGCAGGAAAAAUGACAAAAGACGGACAUGCGGUAGCAAUAUUAUCUGGUGACUUGACAGUGGAACAAAGAAUUUCUGUGCUGGAUAGAUUUAGAGCAGGACUCGAGAAAGUUCUUAUCACUACAAAUGUUUUAGCUAGAGGCAUCGAUGUAGAACAGGUAACGAUAGUAGUCAAUUUCGAUUUGCCGAUGGAUCAAAAUCGGCAAGCCGAUUGCGAAACAUACUUACACAGAAUCGGAAGAACGGGACGGUUCGGCAAGUCAGGGAUCGCCAUUAAUCUAAUCGACUCGGAUCACGCGAUGGAAUUGUGUCGGACUAUAGAAAAACACUUUGGUAAGAAGAUCCAUUAUCUCGAUGCAGAAGAUGCAGAUGAAAUCGAGAAAAUCGGAGCUUAGGUUAAUAUGGCUUCCUAUCAUGGAUAUAUCUAGGCUUUAAUAUACUAUUUUUUAAAGCGGACUUCUCUUUGUAUUUUGAAUAUAAAAUGAGAUAUUUCUUUUCCAAGUAUGUAACUGUACACUACAAAACUGCUUGUCUACUGUCUCGUAUUUUUUCUUCCGCAUCCAUGUUUGGUAUAUUUCAUUGGAUCGAAAUAAAAUUAAAAAUUGAAAAUAUUUUUAUGUUGCAUAUGUUGACUGCACGUAUACGCUGUUUAUUCGAUUAAUUAAAAAAUUCUAUCCCACUUUAAACUUCAUUUGUUAAAGAAAAACUUGUGGAACAUUUUUUUUCCAACUGUAUAAUUUUAUUUAUAAUCAAAACGCACUCGAUGUACAGUCAAGUAUAUCAAGUAAAACAAUUCAUGCAACAGGUUAUGUUAAAAAUUUAAACAGGUUAUAUUUUAUAUGUGUAAUAUAAUAGGGAACUAACAGAAAAGCAUAAUAUAAGAAUAUUUUUUUAUUAUGUUUGUCUCUUUAAGUAAUCGCGCGAGAUAUGAUUUGAUCGGCUUGAAUAUCUUCUUAAAUGUUUAUAAUUUCAGAAAAUAGCAGUUUUAAGCUCUACGAGCGUAUUCUGAAAAUAUAAAUGUCAAUAAAUAGAUAUUUAAGAUGAUCACGGUGGAAUAGGCCUCGAAUAAGAUGGUAAUGUAGUAGCAAAUUCCUUAUAUUGUGAUUAAAUAUUAUUUCGGCAUAUUUAUAUCAAUUUGAAUAAUUGUUUAAAAACGACAAACACAAUAUAAUGUAAUACCAUAUAUUUAUAUCUAUUCUAAUAAAAUUUUUCGCUCUAUCCUUAUCAAUCUUAUUAAUCAUUUACUUGCCACAAUCUAUCUAGCAAUGUUAAGUAUGGCAUGGAGAGAUAAAUUAUAAUUUUAACACAUUUAUUCAAACCGAAAAUAAAUUUAACAAUUGCAAAAUCAUGAAAGCCAAAAUAAUUAACCUUCCACAAUUAAUACGCGCACAUUCAUUUUUACAUUUAUAUCUUUAAUGAAUAUUAUA